UGCCUCUGGGUGAUGACCUACCUAUGUACGUAUACAUCCAAAGGGCACGUAUCCAUGCCCUAAUUUUAUUAGGAGGUCUCAUUCUACCGGACACCACGGGGUGUAAGGUGCCAUUUAUGUGGUUGAAUGGGCUUGGGGAUCCAGAAGAGGUGAAGAAUAUUAGUUGGGGAAGUGCGGCAUUGGCCUACCUUUAUCAUUAUCUGUGCGAGGCUUCCAUGGAUAAGAGAAAAGAGUUGGGCGGGCCUAUGAUGCUUCUGCAGCUAUGGGCGUGGGAAAGAAUGCCCACAUUGAGGCCUGCGUUCAUUGGACCAGUUGUGCACGAGCCAUAUGCACCAUGUGGCGCCAGGUGGAAAGGAACAACGCAGAUAGAAAAUGCUCCUAGACACUCGGUUGAGCAUUAUCGUGACCAAAUAUCUCUGAUUAGACCUGGCCAGUUUAUCUGGACGCCAUACGCACAUUGCAUACUGCCUGACUACUGCAAUGAUGUGACUGGAUGCUCUCUGUGCGAGACCUACUUGGUAUGUUGGGCCUAUGUCGAGGCCCAUGAGCCUGGACGAGUGUGACGACAGUUCAAUCGG